ACUCACAUUGGGUUUUUAGGGCUUGCAUCGCGUUUUCACCGUCAACAUACACUAACCUACGGUCCUAGGGGUUUCAGUUUUCUCCGUACCUAUCAUAUCAUGGCAGUUUCUAAUCAUUUCACUGCAAUCUCAUCAAAAUUUCUAAGAUCUUCACCUCCAAAAACCUUCUCUACCAAUCAACAUAGAAUUCCCUCAAAAACCCAAGUGAAUUUUAAUCUCAGUUCCAGAAAUCCAGUACAUAAUCUCUUCUACAAUGAUAACAGUUUCCCAAAACCCUCAAUUCAGUCUCUUCCUUACCCUAAUUACAACCCAGUCAAAAAUUUAUUCACUGGAAUUGUUGAAGAAAUGGGUGAAAUCAAACAAUUAGGUUAUGCUGAAGAUGGUGGAUUUGAGAUGAAAAUCUCUGGAAAUGUUGUUCUUGAAGAUGUUAAACUUGGUGAUAGCAUCUCAGUUAAUGGUACUUGUCUUACAGUGACUGAAUUUGAUAAAAAAGAAUCUAAUUUUUCAGUUGGAUUAGCACCAGAAACCCUAAGAAAGACUUCGUUGAUCGAGCUCGUACCGGGUUCGCGUGUUAACUUAGAAAGAGCUUUACUACCGAGUACUCGAAUGGGUGGUCAUUUUGUUCAAGGGCAUGUAGAUGGUACUGGUGAGAUUGUAUCAUUAGAAUUUGAAGGAGAUUCGUUGUGGGUGAAAGUGAAAACACCACCAGAAGUGUUGAAAUUUAUUGUGCCCAAAGGGUUUAUUGCUGUGGAUGGAACUAGUUUGACUGUUUGUAAGGUUUUUGAUGAUGAAGAGUGUUUUAAUUUCAUGUUGGUUGCUUAUACUCAGCAAAAUGUUGUUAUUCCUUUAAAAAAAGUUGGGCAGAAAGUGAAUUUGGAGGUUGAUAUUCUUGGAAAGUAUGUUGAGAGGCUUCUUCAAAGUGGCUUCACUAGCAACAUUACACCAAGAUGAACCGUCGCGAAAUUCUGGCUUUGUGCAGCUGGAGCAGAAUCAACUAACGCAGGCUCUCCAGAAGAGGCAGAAGCUAUAGUGUUUCUUCCAGCUGUGGACUGGACUAAAGAGCUUCUACAUCCAAGGAGACUCGACUGCAGGAAGAUCAUCAGCUGCAUGCACAAACAAGUUAAAUGGCAGUGCCAGGCGAUUUUUCAAGCACAAUGAAAGUUCCAGGGCCCAAUUCUAGAGACCUAGGGCCUCACAUUGUUAGGGCCCAAAAUUUUAAGUUUUCUUACAACUUGAUUGUUUUAGUGCUCUCACAUAGCGCUUGCUGGUCAUACUAUCUAGCUGUUAUUGAAUGUUGUUUGUUUCGUAAGUACAGCGUACUGCUUUCUAAUUCCAUAUAGCUAUCUACUUUUCUUUUUUUAUACCAAAAAAAAGAAUUUCAUUAAUGAGAAGAUUGAGUUACAGAUGAA